AUGGCGUCUUUGAGGAUUUGUUGGCGAGGUGUGGCUCUGCUCACUAGAAAUGUCAUGAAGCCUCAGAACUUGAGUUUUUCUCCAAAUACAACCACAACGCUCUCUGCCUUUUGCAAAUCCUUUCAGACAUUUUCCACUGUACACAGCAAUCUGUUGAAACCUACAUCUGCUUUGAAAUUCCAAUGUACUCUACCAAUUCGACAAUUCAGCUGUUUUACCAACUCAACAAUCCAAGGGAAAUUUUUGGAACCCUGCCAUAAACCACAGAAGACCAGCAUCAGAACCAAAAUUGUCUGCAGCAAGAAAAAAGGAAAAGGCAAAUCGAAUUAUGCUGUGCUCAGUCAUCGUUCCUUGAAGUCAACCAUUCGACAAACAUUUAAUAAGUCAGUGGUACUUUUUUUGUUUGUUUUGAUUAACCAUGAGUCAAAGCCCAAAAAGUGUUCCAUCUGCAGUCCUUCAACCCAACAGAAACUAUGA